AUUUUAUUUUAUGUGAUUACAACUUGUUUGUCUAUUAAUAUAUGUAAUAUUAUUUUAGCAGGAUAUAAUUAGUUACAUUACCGAGUUAUGACUGAUGCGGAUUUAAUUUGUCAUAUUUUUCAACUAACUAUCUCCAAUUGAGAUUGUUAUCAGAGCAGUUAUUAUUUAACAGGAUAUAGUUCUUUAAACUGUACAAAAUUAGUCACUCGUAUAUCAACUUUUUUUCCACCUACAAAGUUUUGUACUUUAUUCAUUAGUGGAAAAUUUAACUGAGCGGACGUUUUAAAUAAAUCACUUGUGGAUUAGAGAUUAUAGUUCUUUAUCGUCUGCUUCUAACCAGUUGUACAUCAUUUUCGGAUUGCAACAAAAACAAUUUUAUCAACAAUGUAUCUCUUUACCUGGAUGUUUAUUUAAUAUCAACUUUUACCUUUAUUGUUUAUUACCUUUGUGAAAUCGUUCGGCUGACACUCGGGGAAGUUUAACGAGUGUGUUAAGUCACGUUUGUUUAAUUCUUAACAUAUGUAAAGAAAAUUUAUCCAUCUAUCAUUGGUUUUCAUGUAAUACGACUGGACUCGCAGGUUACAAACGACGCCUUCCAUUUGGUCGUCUGCUCAAGUUACGAGAAACUAUUACAGUCGCACAAUUAACUGAGUUAGUGGAUAUUAAAAAAAUCAUGUAAAUGUUUUGAUUAUUGUGUUUUAUCAUUUUGUAACUUUGAACAAAGGACUUGAUUGAUUUCCAUUACUUUUAUAAACAGGAUAAAGACGGGACGAAAGUAAUUUAUAUCCAUGAUGACUUGUGUGUUACCGAUGAACCCUAUAUACAAUAAACAUGUAGGAUUUAAUGAGGAACCUGGAGAUUUUGGGGGAUAUAACUGGAUACCUAACAGAUUAGCAGAUUGUACCUGCAGAAUCGAAAACCACUCAACAAUGUGCAGAAAAUCUGUGGCAAAAACAGGCUCAUACGUUGAUGAAAACAAAAAUGAAGUCGAGAUGAAGAUUGAAUUCGAUGGAAUAGACAGACAAAAUAAUAAAAGGAAGUCUGGAAUUGAUUGUGAUGAUUUGGAUAAUGUUCCACAUAAAAAGAUUCAUAAAAAGUCAGCUGAUUGCGUGUUGGAAAAACCUCCAACAAAAAGAAUAUCUCCAUUUCUGAAUACCCCCAAGGAAAGGAAGGAAGAAAGAAGGAAAGUACUAAAAAUAACAGUUCAGAAACUGAAACUUAUAGAUGACCCUGAACAUUUCUUAAGAAGGUCGGUUCUAAUAAACAAUACUCUCAAGAAAGUGCAAAAGGAAAUUAGAGACGAAAAAGCAAAAAGUUAUCAAGGAUACAAGUCAGCCUUCUAUCGAUCGUGUGAUGUUAGUUAUUUGCAAUGGGAAAAUCAAGUUAGUGCACAAUUCAAUAACGAUGACCCUUUGACAAAACGUUUAGAAGAAGAAGAUUCUUGCAAACUUUCCAAUGACUCGGACAAUUAUAAUAAUAAUAAUAAUAUAGAAAACAAAACGGACGAUAUUCUUAUGGAAAAUCUUCAUGAAAAAUCGUGUGCUGACAGUCAUGAUAGUGAUAUAGACACCGUAUUUCAUAGCUUGAUACGAGUGCUAGACGAGACGUAAUGUUUCUGAACGAGAUUAGAGUGGUUCUGACAUGUGGUUAUGCAUGUAAAAUGUGUUAGGUGUAUGAAUGAAGUAUCACAGCUUGAAUUUAUUACAUGAAUGGUUUAUCAUCAGCGAAAGAAAAACAUUACAUUAUGUUCAUUUAAUUUUCAGUCAUAAUUAUCGCUUAAUGAAAGAAGUUCAGAUAUAAUUGAGGUUUUAAAAACCACUAUAAUUAAAUCUCACGAUGUAUAAUUUAUUUAUUUAUUACUGAGAAUAUUUGUUGACUAUUAUGUAUGCAACAUUGGUGUUUUAACAUAAUUAGCUUUAGGCCAGGUGAUCCUAGUCAUCGGAGCGUUUGAGGCUUUAAUUGAUGGUCCAUAUUUGUAAAAUGUCACCGUGCUGUUUACCUGUCCCAACUGUUACUUGAUUUACCUGUAGGGGAGACAAUUUUCACAGUCCUUGAAGUCUCCAGGAUAUCUGUUUCCGUAUAAUGUUCUAAUCAUUCUAAAUUGACAUAUUACACUUACAUUUACAUAUUUAAUGUACUUUUACACCUUUUUGUGUAAAAAUUUUGAAGAAUUAACCAACAGAUCCUUUAAAAUUUAAUCACGGUUUCUGCGACAAUACAUUAUUUUACAAAACUGACGAGACGAAAUGUCUCAGCAGACGCCAGGUAUUUUUAUUCAAAAAAUGAAGUGUUUGCAACAACAAUUAAAACUGCACAUGCGAAUUAAGCGUAGGGAUUUAGUAUGGCGUCUGUCGUAUGGAGUUAAGUGUUUUUUGCACACUAUGUGAUCUGAACACAAAAUACUCUUAAUAGAAAUAUUCAUUAAUUGCCUCAAAACAUAUUUCAUAGUGCUAAAGGUUCCUUUGAAAUUUAAACUUUCUGCAAUUACAAGUCACAUGCAAGUAGAAGUCAUUUAAAAUUAAAUGAAUUACUUUCUGUCAGAUGAAAAUACAAAGUAACAUGAGCAUAACUAUAAUCUCCUUGUAUUUUAUCUUUUAUCAUUGUACUUUUGAUGGUAACUGUUAAAUAAUUUAAAGAAAAUAAGUUUUAACUUUGUUCGAGAGAUUAAAUUUCAAAUCAUUUAACACACGAGUUUUUAUGCUUUGUUCAGGUGUAAACUAAUCAAAUUAAGAAUAUGACAAGAAAGAAUGCAAUUCUAGUUAUGCCAAGCUUGAUGCAAGGCAUCCUUUGUGUUACAACUUUUGAACAUUCCUAUCUUACUAGUCAAACCGAUAGAUUACCGCCAUUUAAAAACAACUUAUUUUCACUUUCUUUCAUUUAUUUAUUUACUAUGACAAAAUCCUUUUAAUUUUUUCUCAACAACAAUAUAGAGUAAUACUAAACUAUUUUAAAACGACUAUUUGAACGUUGAACGUAAGGUUAUUUGGCUCGGUUCCAGUAACUAGUUCACCUCGGUUAAAAACUGUAUUAAAUGUACUAUAUUCCUAUAGAUAAGCGAUCAUUGAUUUCUAACAAACGUCCGGUCUCAAAAUACCCAUAUUAUUAUGAUCAUGACAGACCUUUAAAACAAUGCCGCCGUAUUUUAUUACAAGUAAAUGUUUACACUUCAAGGCAAAAUAUGUAAUUACACAUUUGAUAGCCUUUAAAUGUAUGUAUGAUAACAAGGACAAUCCGGGAAAUAUGUUAAAUUGAUUAAGUAGGCAUUUGUGAAGUCAGCAUUUCCUUUCGUAGUAAUGGUUUUGUUGAGUUUCUUUGUAUUUUUGUUUAUAAUCGAUUUCGCACAUCAUUAUGAAACUAUUUAGACCAUGGUGGUAGCUUGCCUUUAUAUGUAUAUUUAUUUUCAUGGUCGACAUUAUUAUUCUUUUGUCAUAAUUUCCCCCAACAUCACCAUAUUUAUUCUUUUUCAUAUAAUGAAAUGUUAGUUCCCAUCUGUUUGUAUGUCUACAAAUGUGAUAUUUUUAUGAUGACAUUGAAAUAUAUUAUACAUAUGAACAGCUGUGAAUAUUUGACAUGUUAUAUACAAAUGAUGCAUACGAUCUCUAAGAAUUUAAAAAAAUAAAUAUCUGCAAAAUA